ACAUGGCAUCGAGGUCUGAAUGGAAAGUAGGACCAGCAAGUUAUUCGAAUACGAAAGAGCAGCAAGGAAGGAGUCUGAGGACAUCGUCGCGGCAUAUCAUGGUCAGUGUAGUUUGGGCUUAAAAUCACCGACUUGGUGAUCGAUUCUGUAGUGGUAGUCGCUGUUUCACAGCUACCCAUCCUCUCCUGGACAGGAGUUGCGAACGCUGAUGUGCUAUGGCAACAUCAUCUAUCUAUAGAUCGAAAUACCAUCUUUCCAAGGCAACUGAAAGAUGGAAAACUGAUUUUCGUUGAAAAAGCUCAGACCAAAUCUAAUUGGUCGAUCUGUAGUUUUGCGAAAAAGUUCUCUGAAUCUGUAGGUUUUGCUUCUCUUGAAACUGAUUGGUUGUGAAAACUUGGACCAAAUCCAUUUGGUCAAAAUCGGUAGUUUUCUGAAUCUGUAGUUUUUUCCCUCCCUCUCUAGACUUGCCUACAUUGGCCAUCGAUCAUCAGCGUAUGUAUGUAUGGUUCCCACCUCUCGUCCUUUGAUUUGUACAUGUCUUUCUUUUCCUUGGUAGAGAGAGAGAGAGGGAGAGGGAGAGAGAGAGAGAGAGAGAGAGAGAGAGAGAGAGAGAGAGAGAGAGAGAGAGAGAGAGAGUAGGUUGUUCCGGAACUGGUCAGAUCUCCCUUCUGUGCAUCGGGGAGUCUGAGGGUGCACCCUGUGGACCCUCCAUCUCUAACAUCUCUUCCCUGCCACUUCUCACUAUCUGAGCGUGAGAUGGAGAUCAGUGCUUCUGAACAGCGAAUGGUGGUCCUUGCAGUGUGCGCAGACUUUCGUUUUCAUUGUAGUGAAGUGCUAUAGCCUGGAUAGAGAUGACUUCCCUUUGCGCUGAUCCAACGCAGCAUAUCUCCUGUGUGGGCUGCCUUGUGUGUGUGCUGAUUGGCAUGUAUGCUAGUCAGUUUUCAGCAGCACCAUAAGCAGCAGCAUAACAGUUAUAGAGACAGCAUGCGGGCAACUGCACUGGGCAGGGAUUGACACACACACGUACUGGAUUUCUGGAAGUGCUGGCAGAAGCUUGAAGCUGUGCAGAGCGGAUUGUAAUGUCCAUCGUGAAUAUCACGCAACCUUAUCAGACACGUCCUUCCUAGGGGUACUACUAUGAACUCGUCCGCCACGAGCAGGAAUAGUCCUAUGAACGCAUCUCAGAUUAGGCAAAAUACAUCACUCCCACGCUUAGACAGAGCGACACUGAAUGGGCGUACCAUUGCCGCACUAUGCAGCGCACAUCGACCUCCUUCCUCUUCUAGAAUAGACCAGGAUGACAGCACCAGAUUAGGAAUGCAAGCAGGCCAGCAACUAAAUGUUAGGUUCUUGUCAAUAUCAGAAGGGAGAACAGAUUCAUCGUCAGACUUCUGCUGUAAGCGAGACUGACCUCCUUCCUCUUCCAGAAUAGACCAGGAUGAGAAGGACGCGAUUAGGAAUGCAAGCAGCCUUACAUAUGGUUCCAAUCUCUGGAGCUAUGCGGAUCGGACUCGCACUUUAUGCUCUGCCUCUGCUUGCAUUGGCAGGGAGUGACAGCAGUGCGUGGGAUUAGGAAUGACCGACAGCAGCCCAUGGGACAACGGGACCAGAAUGCGCUUUGCGAUUUGGGGGCACCAUGAUCUCACAAUGCCGCCGCUGGCUCAGUGGGCUCUUGACGUACUCGUUCACAUAUAUAUAUACGAUAUAUAUGUAUAUAUAUAUAUAUAUAUCCCUCUCUGCUUACAGUUUACCGGGCAGCUCUGUUUGACAAUAUAUAUAUAUAUAUAUAUAUAUAUAUAUAUAUAUGUGUGUGUGUGUGUGCAUAUAUGUGGUAGGGAGAACGCAUGUGAUGCCCAUGAGGCAACCCCCUGCUCCUCUCAUCCCCCUCCUCGACACGCAUGCAUAGUGUGCACCUUCCUCACCCACCCUAUAACGAGGACAAAGGGUCUUUAGUUGGCCAGGAGCUGCAGCGCUGUGCUCAAGUCUCCAGGAAGAGCAAGCUGGCUGGGCUGCACGCCUUCUUUGCUGCAUCUCCAUAACCCCUUGAUCGACAUCCGUACCACCUUCACUCAUCUUCCCUGUCCCUUGCCGAUACCCCUGUCUCUCUGAAUGCAGUCAUUUCCAUACUGCAAGUCAGUCAGCCACAAUUUUCGUGCCUCCAAGUCAGCAAGUUCAGCGCACAGUGCCGCAGUCCAAAAAUGUUACGCCGGUCACUUUUCCUCACCACAUCUGUUUACUGCUGUGCAGCUUUUCAGUUUUAUCAUCAACGAACAAGUUCUUCUCAAGUUUUAUGCUGAUUCCUUCCCAGGACCUGCUGCAGGUAGGUGAGAGACAUGCCCAGAACUUCCUGCCUCUUUUGGAUGCAGGAAUGAUGGAGGUGGCCAAUGAUUGUGAUGAGGAUCAUGAUAUGUGGUGGUGCUGGUAGCGGGGGUGGAUGACGACUGAUGGGGAUCGUGAUGGUGAGCAUGAUUGCGGUCAUGACGGUGACCACGAUGACGAUCAUUUAGGCAACUGUUCAUGCAACCCAAUUGUGAUGAUGACCAUGAUGCUGGUGUGACAGACUGACUGUGAAGAGUAUUUAUGAUGUGAAUCAUAGGAUUGGGUUGGUGGGGACACCUUUCAUGAUCACAAAGGUGGAUGGAGAAAAAGGAUCGUAUGGUGGCCCAGAGUUUGGCAGAAUAGAUCAGACAGAGAGAGAGAGAGAGAGAGAGAGAGAGAGAGAUUGCAGCCAUAUAUUCGAAUUGCUUUUGCCUGUUUAAUGCCUCAGUGGGAGCUAGAUUGUGUAUGCAGAAGCUCUCCCAGUGCGAAGUGUGCACGAUAGCGUCCCAUCGUUAGGUCCUACUAGUUUUCUUCUAGAAGAAGAGCUGUCUGUGUUCGAUUUGAUAUACUGGAUGCUCACCGCGCAAACUCCAUCCACAUAUCAAACCUGAGUGCACAAUCUGUGCCCUUCCUCUGUUUUGAUUUUCGAAGAGUCUGCCUCAUUGCUUCUUGGCAUGGUGUGCGUCGUUUCAUGGGGGAUUAUGACACGCUCAUCUCCCUCCGUUGAGGUUUGCAUCGGUGGUUACACUGUCUGAGAACAUCUGCACAUGUGCAUUCACGUCAUCUGUUCAGCCAUUUGUUUCCUCGAGUUUAUUAUCGCGUGGUUUCUUUUCCUUGUUUGGGUGCUGCUUAUAAGCUGAGCAUUAUUUGGUUUAUCGCUGGCGUGGGCUUCUUAUGUGUUAAACGCUGCUCCCUGUUUUUUAAUCAUUUUUUAUGCACUUUGUUUCUUUUUCCGCUUGUUUGCCAGUCCUCGUCUUGAUCGGUGUUGUGUUCUGAAGAACUUCUGAUGGAUUGUAACAUUGCUUUUCGGAAGUUUUUCGGAAGUUUUUCGGAAGUUUUUCGGAAGUUUUUCCUUUUUUUUUUUCUUUGCCUGAGAGUUUGGCUGUCCAUGUUGCUUUCAUUUUGCGUCUUCUUUUCUGUUGCUUUCAAUUUUGCUUCCCAAUUUCACACGUGCCCUUGUUGAAACUCUUCAGUGAGCUUUCUAUGCUGUCACUCGUUCUGUGACUGGUUCCAGUCAUUCAUUUGUUUGGUUCUCUUUUGCUUUCCUUUCGGCUUUCUUGGGAGGUUGCAUGUUUUUGGGGUGUUUGGAAAUCAUUGUUGUCGCGGAUGUCUGCAGCCACAAAGGAUGUAUGAUAGGCACAGUGCUUGGAAGUCAUUGUUGUCGCGGAUGUCUGAGCACAUUGGCGUUCGGUGAUCUCCAUCUCCUUCUCAUAAUUGAUACUCUCUUUCCUCACGACUCUCUCGGGCUUUAGUGGACAUGGAGCGAAGGCACAGGAGACCCCUGUUUAGUCAUUUCCUCACUCGGGCUGUAGUGGACAUGGAGCGAAGGCACAGGAGACCCCUGUCAACUACCCUACCCCUGUUGGGUAAUUUGGUAAUUUCCUCACUCGGCACAAGUGAGGAGAGUCCGGUCUCUCUUGAGUCUUGCUUGACCUUCCAGGUGGAGGAGCGAGAGCGGGGCGACAACAAAUAACUCGCUGCAGC